AGGCUCGGGUCAAUACUUCCGGCCGCUGCCUUGCCGGUCCUCUUCGAACCCGACCCGGAGAAAUAUCUUAUGUCCUUAUUCCUUGUUGCCGUGGGGAAAACCUCGAUCCGCUCCAAGAAUAUCUCCCCCAAAAUACUCGAUACUCGAUAGCGCGUAUUCUUCACGGCGCAAGGGCGAUGGGGAUCAUCGGGAAUCUCAGCUCCGAUCAACUCAACUUCUUCAAUUCCAAUGGGUAUCUGGUGCUCGAAUCCUUCUCCAGCCCCGACGAGGUCAAAGAGAUGAGGGAUAGGAUGACCGAGCUGCUCCAGGGGUUCGACGGCUCCGACACUUCGAUCUUCUCCACGAUCAACCAGCAACAGUUGACGAAUGAUUACUUCUUCGAGAGUGCCGAGAAGAUCUCCUUUUUCUUUGAAGAAAAGGCAUUUGGAGACGAUGGAUGCUUGAAACAGCCAAAGGAAUUAUCUAUUAAUAAAGUCGGCCAUGCUCUCCAUGAACUUGAUCCUGUUUUCAAAAAAAAUUCAUCCUCAGAGAAAAUUUCUAGUAUGCUUUUUUCAUUGGGUUACAAGAGACCUGUGGUUAUUCAGUCGAUGUACAUAUUUAAGCAACCAGGCAUUGGUGGAGAAGUGGUACCUCACCAGGAUAACUCAUUUCUCUACACCGAACCUCGAUCAUGCACAGGGCUGUGGCUAGCACUGGAAGAUGCUAACAUUACUAAUGGUUGCCUCUGGGCCAUCCCUGGCUCCCAUAAGGAUGGCUUAGUGAGGAGGUUUAUUAGAGAUGAAAAUGGGGUUCACUUUGAUCGUCCUUUGCCAUCCUUUGAUCGGAAGGAAUUUGUUCCUAUAGAAGUUAAAGCAGGCUCUUUGGUGGUUAUACAUGGUGACCUUAUACAUCAAAGCUUCGAGAAUAAGUCCUCCAGCUCAAGACACGCCUUAAGCUUGCAUGUGGUGGAUACUGAUGGAUUUAUAUGGGCCAAGGAUAACUGGAUAAGAAGAAAUGUAGAACCAGAACCCCUUUAUGUUUCUUGAUUCAAGCACUGUGGCAGCAAAAAUCCUGUACAUGUUACUCCCCGUGGCUAUUGUGGUACGUGAUGGAACCAUGUCCAGAAAAAGAUGUUUCUGCUAGUCUUCACUCCAAGUGACAUGUUGAUCCAUUUCUUUAACAUGGAGACUGACUGGUGAUGACUCUUCUAAAAUGAUUAAAUCUUCUUAUGCAAACAAUUUUAAAAAUAAGAAAAACAGGUGUAAUAUACUUGUUUGCUGGGCAUGUAUGUUGAGAUGUCCUUGGUACAACAUGUUUUGAACAAGAAUACUCUUCUAAAGGUAUACACAUAUUUCAUGCUAGCUAA